UAACCACAAACACCUGUAUAUUCUCCCGUAGAACUAGCCACUAGAGCUACAUGACUUGGCCAAGGUCCUAGGCUCUCGGGUCUCCUUAAGUCUGGACAGCCCUAGGCAGCCUUGCCAUCACCAGCCGUGCUGCCUCAAACCCCUUGGGUUUCUGCCUCCAGUGCCCUCAACGAUUCGGCCCUACUGUUGUUCUCCUGGCUAGCCCCUACCUGGGGCCCCAGCCCCCCACCUCCCUGCACCCUGCACCCCAGCCACCAGCUCCGCAGUCCCGACACCGAGUGGUGUGAUGUCUGUACUUUCUCUUCACCCCUGAAACAUAAAGCCUGUGGAGGCAGGGGCUGUGGUGCAGAUGAGCUGCCGGCUGCACACCUCCAGGGGCAUGGAAACUGGCACACCCGUUGGAUGGACCUGUGAUGGAUGGACCUGCGGAGCCUGCGUCCUGCCCUGCGCGGCCCCUGGGGCUUGCUGCUUGGGCACGUGGGGCACAGCGCAGCAUCCGUCCCCUCUCCAUCCUGCGGGGAUGCAGCAGCCCUGCUUCCUGGGGCUGCUAGGAGGCUCAACUCGCUGACAUCAUUUCAACCGUUGAAUUUAAUUACUCUGGAGAUCUUCUGGCAACGGGAGACAAGGGCGGCAGAGUUGUUAUUUUUCAGCGGGAACAAGAGAAUAAAAGCCGCCCUCACUCUAGGGGAGAAUAUAAUGUUUACAGUACCUUUCAAAGUCAUGAACCAGAGUUUGACUAUUUAAAAAGUUUAGAAAUUGAGGAAAAAAUUAAUAAAAUUAGGUGGCUGCCACAACAGAAUGCUGCUCAUUUUCUGCUCUCUACAAAUGAUAAGACUAUAAAAUUAUGGAAAAUAAGUGAACGGGAUAAGAGAGCUGAAGGUUAUAACUUGAAGGAUGAAGAUGGGCGACUUCGAGAUCCGUUUAGAAUCACCGCGCUACGGGUCCCAAUAUUGAAGCCCAUGGACCUUAUGGUAGAAGCAAGUCCACGGCGAAUUUUUGCAAAUGCUCACACAUAUCACAUAAAUUCCAUUUCCGUAAAUAGUGACCAUGAAACAUAUCUUUCUGCAGAUGACCUGAGAAUUAAUCUGUGGCAUUUGGAAAUCACAGAUAGGAGUUUUAACAUCGUGGACAUCAAGCCGGCCAACAUGGAGGAGCUGACGGAGGUCAUCACGGCAGCCGAGUUCCACCCACUGCAGUGCAACGUGCUGGUCUACAGCAGCAGCAAGGGCACCGUGCGGCUGUGUGACAUGCGCUCCUCAGCCCUGUGCGACAGACACUCCAAGUUUUUUGAAGAGCCUGAAGACCCAAGCAGCAGGUCCUUCUUCUCUGAGAUCAUCUCAUCCAUUUCCGACGUAAAGUUCAGCCACAGCGGGCGCUACAUGAUGACCCGGGACUACCUGUCGGUAAAGGUGUGGGACCUCAACAUGGAGACCAGGCCAGUGGAGACGCUCCAGGUCCACGAGUACCUGCGGGGCAAGCUGUGCUCCCUGUACGAGAAUGACUGCAUCUUCGACAAGUUCGAGUGCUGCUGGAACGGCGCGGACAGUGCCAUCAUGACCGGGUCCUACAACAACUUCUUCAGAAUGUUUGACAGAAACACGCAGAGGGAUGUGACACUGGAAGCCUCCAGAGAGAACAGCAAGCCUCGUGCCAGCUUGAAGCCGAGGAAAGUGUGCACAGGGGGCAAGAGGAAGAAAGAUGAGAUCAGCGUGGACAGUCUGGACUUCAACAAGAAGAUCCUCCACACAGCCUGGCACCCCGUGGAGAACAUCAUUGCUGUGGCUGCCACCAAUAACUUGUAUAUAUUCCAGGACAAAGUCAACUAAGGAGCCAACUGGAGGACCACGUCUCGUCUCACAUAGUUAAGCUGGUCGUUUUCUGUCCGCUCCAUUGAGAACAUGAUGCACUUGCUUCUUCCCUCACAGACACGGGAGAGAAGUGGCCUGGGCUGGAGGCUUGCGGGCUCUGCCCCGGUGGCAGGGGUGCUGCUGCUCGCAGGAAAGCCCACUGCACAUAGAGUUGACGGACAUUGCUCCAUAAAGGCCAUUGCUCAAAAUAAAUGUAUUUAUUUGAUUCUGAGCCUUCCUUUUCCGUUUCUAGACCAAAAGAUUAACAUCACGAGAAAAGUUGUCAAAUCUCUCUCAUACUCUGCCCUUGUGCUCAGGCUUUCACACAUAGGGGGUGCAGUAGCGGUCCACCUGGGCUCCCCAGGGACUCACAGGCAUGGCCGAGGACCAGGGAGCUGUGCAAACUCCCUCUUGUCUGCCACCACACCUUUCGUGUGACCACUUCAUAAAAACACUAUAAAAAAUGUUUCUAAAUCCAAACAUAAGUAUCUUUUUAUUUGCUUUAAUUGCAUUUAAUUAUGCAGGAUUAUAUUCUUUGGAACAAUUUAAGAAACUUUUGUCCCUUGGGAGAAUAUGGUAUAAUAUGCACAGUACUUCAAACUCUGAGUGUAACUCUCCCCAAACUGCCAAACUCUGUUCUGUUUCUGUAGAGUAGCCCUCAUGGGGCACCCAGAGAAGUCUGGGAAAAGCCAUCAUGGAGGCCACCUCUGAGAAAGAAAAUUGAAAGGAAGAUGAACAGAAUUGCUGCUAUAAAAUAAAGUAGGCCUCAGAUUCACUACAAUUGAAGACAUCUUUCUAAGCCUUUUAAAAAAGUACUUUGGGGAAAAUACACUUUUUAAGUAUUACUAAAAUUACAUGCGUGUAAAUUUCAAACUGUAAUUCAAAGCAGCAAUAUGAAACAAUUUUAUUAUGUGAUGCCACCAGUACCUUGGUGGUUUAUUUAAAAAAUAGCAUCUUUGAUGUCAGAGAUGAAGAUGCCCCAAGACAGAUGGGUACCCAGUGGGAAGGGUCAGCCUCACUGCAGGUCUGGCCCCAAGACAGACGGGCGCCCAGUGGGAAGGGCCAGCCUCACUGUGGGCCUCACAGGAGUCUGGUCCGGGGAGAGCAGGGCUUCAGGGCCAUUGUUGGGAUGAAGGUAUGUUUUGAUUACUAGUAAGAUAUACAAGAGCAAAACGUCAUUACCCUGGAUUAAUGUUAACAUAAUGCCACUUCAGUUCACAUUGUUAGAAACAGACUCUAAAAUGUACCUUCAUUUUAAUUUAAAAAUAAUUCUUAAACUGUUGGUUGUGACACAAUUGGUGAAUUCUGAGGUGUGGAGCGGAGUUCUUGAAGCAUCAGUUAACCCUGAUCCUUAAGAAACAAACUGUUCUAGCAAAUGGGAUUGUAUAUAUUUGUUCUAUUCUUUUGACCAAAAAAUUUAAUAAAUUUUAAAUGUUUAACUGGA